AUGGCCUCUCAUCCAAUGACCAGUUGCUCCGAAAAUAAUGAUGGCUGCAUUCCUGUUGGAUCAGCAUCAUAUAACAAUAUAAAAGAUUUCGAUCUGGAGGACAUUGUGCAAACAUUGACGAAUACGGUUAAUGCAACAGUUAAUACAGCCGUGCAACUGAUAUUGAGUGAUGUGGGAGGCGAAUUCUUUUAUCCUAAUCCAAGGCCUCGGACUAAGACCACAAAAGUACAUCAUGAAUUUCUUAGCUUCGAUGCUGAAUACAAAGAGAAGAGUAUUGAUUGGGUUACUAUACAGGAUUUUUCAGUCAAUGAAAUAUUCACACAAGUGCGCGACUUUAUAAAUUUGUGGCAUUUAUCAGAUGCUACGAAAUUUACGCUUGGGAUAAACGACAAGUCACAUAUUAUACCAAGGAAGGGUACUAGAUAUUUUCUUGAUGCAAUUUUUUCGAA